CCCCUUGGCUUUAAAGUCUUUAAAAACUUCUGCAUUUUUGCAAAAUUUACUUUUUUUAAUCGUCAACAAUUUGACGAUCGAAGAAUGCAAUUUAAUCAUGGUCCAAAAACAAGUUUUUACAGCACCAACGGUCAAUAACAUCUCAUGACUCUUGGACGCAGCCUUUCAGUAAUGUCAUUAUCAAGAACUUGCUUUAUUCUAGUCUUAAUUCAUGAUAAUCAGGGGUUUGUUUGCUGUGUCCAGCAUCAGAUGUGUCAUAAAUCUACUAAGUUCACUGCUUUAUCAGCAGUUUCUGUUUCAGUUUCAAUUCAGACUCAUUAAAAUGAAGUUCAUAAUUUUUAUUGCUGUUUUAAUUAUCGAUUCAGCAUGUGCUUUAGAAAUAACAGGCAGUUAUCGUAUAACGACAUGGGCGUACCUCCCUGAUCACUAUCAGUGCUUCCCAAUAACUGACAUUAAAGUUUUGGAACCAAAACAAUUUGUCGACAAGAUCAAUGGACAGCACAUGGCUGGAUAUUCAGGAUCUGAUAUAAAAUCAUUUGCGAUAGAAGGACAGGCUGUCCAUUACAUGCCCAUGGGGAUGACUAAGUUCUUUCCAAACCUUGAAGCUCUUCAGAUCUACGAAUGUGGACUUAAAGCUAUCGACCGACUUGACCUGAUUGAGUAUAAGAAUCUUCAUUCUUUGUACCUUAAUAAAAAUAAAAUAACAACUUUAAAUGCUGGAUUGUUUGACUUUACACCAAAAUUAUGGCGCAUUGACUUCAGCUACAAUCGACUUCGUCACGUUGAUCCAACAAUUUUUGACAACAUUGAGAAGCUUCAACAUGCAGACUUUAAUUAUAACAUAUGUACAGGCGCAUUCGAUGCUCAAAUUGGAGUAGAUAACGUUGUUUAUGUGAUGGAAAAAUAUUUACUCGAAAAAUGCCAAAAUAGACCGGAUGCAAUGCUUGAUUGUGGAUGCUAUAAGCAACAGCUGUGCAGCAUGACUGAGAGAAUGAAUCACAUCAGUGAAUUUGACUUGAAGAAGAAGUUGGGGAUACGAGAUUAGAGUCCGUGCUUGCAUUUUAUUCCAUU